UAUGGACCCGACGGUGAAGCGGUAGCGUCCUACGCCUCUGCGAGUCGUGUUUAUAUUCGUACAUUAUGAUUUAACAUCUCUGAAAAGAAAACGCUCCGGUUAACCGGAGAAAACAUACAAUGUAUCGCGUCCGUAAUCCAACCCCCGUCCUCUGAUAAGUGAUUGAGAGUGGAUGAGACCAUGGCUGGAUUGAUCAAGAAACAGAUACUGAAACAUCUCUCCAGGUUUGCUAAGAACCUCUCCCCCGAUAAGAUUAAUCUGAGUACUCUUAAAGGGGAGGGCCAACUCACCAACCUGGAGCUGGAUGAAGAGGUUCUGCAAAACAUGUUGGAUCUGCCCACCUGGCUCGCCAUUAAUAAAGUCUUCUGUAAUAAGGCCACCAUCCGGAUCCCAUGGACCAAACUGAAGGCACAUCCAAUCACUCUGUCUUUGGACAAAGUUAUCAUGGAGAUGAGCACCUGUGAUGAGCCCCGCCCUCCCAAUGGUCCGUCACCCAUAGCAACAGCCUCGGGUCAAAGUGAAUAUGGUUUUGCAGAGAAAGUAGUGGAGGGCAUCUCUCUUUCAAUAAACUCCAUAGUGAUUCGGAUCAGCGCCAAAGCCUUCAACGCCUCCUUUGAGCUUUCGCAGCUCCAGGUCUACAGCGUCAACACCAGCUGGUCCACCGCUGACCUACGAUACACGCGGAUCCUUGACCCCACUCGUGGAGAAAUCCUGACAUUUAAGGAAGUCAGCUGGCAGAUGAUCAGGAUCGAAGCGGACGCAAUCCAGAGUGCAGAACAUGAGGUCGUCAGCGCCCCUAUACGCCUCAUCACCAACCAAUCAAAGAUCAGAGUCACUUUAAAGAGAAGGAUGAAAGAUUGUAACGUUGUGGCCUCCAAGCUGAUUCUGAUCCUGGAUGACCUGCUGUGGGUUCUUACUGACUCUCAGCUCAAGGCCAUGGUGCAGUAUGCCAAGUCCCUCAGCGAAGUCAUGGAGAAAUCGGCUGCACAGAGGAAAAGCAUGGCCCCUGACACCACACAGGUAACACCAGCACCCCCUUCAGCCCAGCAGGUGCGCACACAGCAGACUUCAGCCACAGCAGAUCAAAGCGCCUCCAUGGCGCGGCUGUUCAGUGACUAUGACGUUCGGGAGACAUCUCACCACCUUCAGAUCACGCACCUUGACCUGCACAUCUGCGACGACACCAAUGCCAAGGACAGAGGAAUUAAUAAAAGAUUUGAUGGUGGGGCCAUGCAGUUGUCUUUCAGUUCCAUAACACUGGACUACUACCCCUUCCACAAAGCUGGUGAGAGCUGUCUGCAUUGGAUGCAUUACGGGGAAGCCACAAAGGCCCGUGAGACCUGGGCUCGCUCUCUCCUGGAUGAGUUUAAGACAAACGUGGACAUGCUUAAAAACGCUGUCAGCGGCCAAUCCCAGAGCUCCCCUCAGCAUGGUAAGAUCUCCACCAGCUCUAGCAGUACCUUCACGCCCCCACCUGCACCCAAAACGCAACUCAUGUCAAGUUCGAUCGUGCUGCGGAUGGCGGAUUUCAGCAUCUAUCAGGUAUCUACAGCAGACCAGUCACGCUCCAGUCCUCAAAGCAUGAUUUCCUGCAAUAAGAAAUCUCUCUACCUCCCUCAAGAGAUGCCUGCCAUCCACGCCGAGUUCACAGAGUACUACUUUCCAGAUGGCAAAGAGUAUCCCAUUCCUUGUCCCAAUCUGUACGUGCAAUUGAACGCUCUGCAACUGGUUCUUGACUCUCGCAGUCUAAUUUGGCUCAAUCUGUUUGCGUUGGACCUUCGGCAGAAUCUGGAUCAGUUCAUGGAACUGUACAAACUCAACGACUCUCAGAAGCCAGAAGAGCAUGUGGACAUCAGAGUGGAUGGACUCAUGCUGAAGCUGGUGAUCCCUGCAGAUCAAAAGACUCAACCCGACCAGCCUCGCUCCUUGUCUGUGCAAACCUCAGAGAUGGUAGCCACAAACACUCGACAUUCCUCCGGCUGCACUCGGUCUAGUCUGGAAUCCCUUUUGCAGGCGUUCAAAGAGCAACCCUUCUUUAACUCUUCAUCUCCUUCUUUUCCUCGUGCCGGAAACUCAUUCCCCGUGUUGCACUCUGUCUUCCAGCGCCACGCACAUGAGCAGGACACACGCGUUCAUGACGUGUAUCGCGGUCUCGCCUCGCCCUCUCUCUCUACCAAAGCCCUCAAAACACCAGCGGCCACUGACUUGUGGGCCAUAAACUUUUCUCAGUUCUGGGUGGACUAUGAACUCUCCCGUAGUGGGAGAGGUCGCCCGACACCUUGUGUGGACUCCUUCCCUCUCACUCUUUGGGUGUGCAAGCCUGCCCGUUGUGCCCAAUACUACGAGAAGCUCAAAGCCGGUGUCGGGUCAGGGAAGUUGACCCGAAGUGAGUCAGCUGAGAUAGCCACUCGGUUACAGAGAAAGAAGCUUCUGAAGGACUACUACAGCACUGAUGCAUCCCCAAGCAACCCACCGAGCAAUGGCCUCCACAAACCCCACUCUCUUGACGGCCUAUGCAGCCACUCUUCAUCUGUCUCCCUUGCAUCUUCCUCAUCCCCGGCAAGUGAAGUAGACUUGCAGGUGCUGGUGUACCUUCAGAAGCACCUGAGUGCUCAGGUGAGCCACGGGCAGUAUGUGUUCCUGCUCAGACUGCAGAAUGCUGUGAAAUCACUACAGCGCACUUUACAACAAGAUCUGGAGCAGUACGGCUCCAAUAUUCAGGGCCCAGGCCAACCCCUUAGUGCCUGCGUAGGAGUGCUCAUGAAAAGUGCAGAAGUCGCUCUUCUCCUUAAGCCCAUUCCUGAACCAGAAUCAAGCGUAAGUCCUUUGAAUUCUGAUAUUUCCCCGUCAGAGAGCAGAGCCACUCUUGAGGCAGGAAGUGAAGGGGGAGAGGGGGCUGACAGACUCUCAGCUCAAGGAUCUGUGGAUCAUUUACUGUGUACAGGUACAGAGUCAGGUACACACACCCUUAAUACAUCUCCUCUCCUUGCGUCCUCAUCUGCCUCGACUGCUCUGAGAAAGGGGUCUAUGGAUGAGAGGAGCAGCAUAGCAUCCGGAGGGAGGGUGGGCGCAGAGGAGAAAAAGGAUUCGAGAGAAGGAACUCUUAAUGGGGACGGGGGCAGAAUUGAAGCCAAAGGGCAACACUAUGAACCCUUACAAUCUUCACAAGGUGGAAGUGCGGUAGUGGAUCCUCUUUCCGACACUUCAUCCAGAGAAUGGAAUGACAGGAGUCAGGGAAGCAAGCUUCCUCAGUCCAUAUCCAGGAAAGGCAGUUUAUCUGUGGUCACUGACCUCUUAACCUCCACGCACAGCAGGUCUACCUCCUUAUAUUCCAUGUCCAACAUUGGCCGUUUGAUGCAGGGCAAAUCUCAGUCGAGUUUCUCGGUCACCUAUAAGAACAUGAAGAAGAGUCCCUCACUACAGUCUCUGGAUGAUGUUUCCAUAGACAGCUACUUGAUGGAGGACUGUGACACCUACAGCCUGCUCGAGAGAGAUGAUGUAUCAAUUUCUGGAUUUAAAGAGGCUCUAAGUGAACAAAAUUCAGAAGGAGCCAGUGUGAUACUGGCAGAUGAAGCCCAGUCACCUGAUGCCAUCAGCGCUGCUUCCCAGAGCAUCGAUGAACCCACAAAAGACCUUGUUUCGGUUCUUGUUCUGAAGGUUCAUUCGGUCUGUUGCUCUCUGGAUCUGAAGGGUGAUGACACAGCUGUAGCUCUCGAGGUGGGACGCAUCAGACCCAAUCAGCUCGGCAAUGUCAGUUUGCGGCAGUAUCUUAGCAACCGCAGCCUAGGUUUAGUUCCUUCAACAACAGCCAAUCAGAGCAGUGAAGGUUCCGGUUCACGGUCAGAUCCCAACACGGUGCUGUUAGUUCCCGAGGUCCAGGUGAGGCUGGAGAGCGGUCCGGGAGCAGCAGUUCACUCUCCGCUCGCUGAACAGAAUGGCUUCCUUCAGUGCCGAGUCCAGGCCUUGAGUGCUGACUUUCUCAUGACAUCACUACGAAACCUUGCCUUCUUCCUAGAAGAUGACUCCACCUCCCAGGUCCUGCCCAUGGAGAUCACUAUCAAAGACACACACAUAAACCUGAAGGAUGAUGGUCCACGAGACAACGCAUCAGAGCAAGAGGCCACGCCCAUUGCACUGCAUAUUAAUGAUCUCCUCAUCCAUCGUCAAGACGACGGUUCAUUCAGCAUUGGAGAAGCUGAGCGUGCCCCGGACUCAAAGCUUCAGAAGGCGGGGCCUGUGAAUGACAGCAGGCUCAGUUCUGUCCCUGAACUUCCCAUAGGUGUGGCCAGUGAGCCGAAAGCCACGCAGACUGCACCUCUGUCACCCACAAUCCCCACCCCCUCAAAUAGAGAACAGCUGCUCAUAGAGGAAAAUGAAUGCUUAAAACUAGAGCUCUCCAAAGCCAAGAUGGCGCUAGCAGAGGCCCAGAUGGAGCAAGACUCUCUCCAGCAUCGAUUGAAAUCUCUCAAACUCACCAGCGGGGGCAGCAACAGCUAGUGGCAGUGCAUGAGGGUGUGCACAAGAAUGACACUUGCCACCGGGGGGCAGCAGUGUGCUUGGAGGGGCCCGGCACCAUAGGAAAGCCCAACUCUACAGCAUUGGAAGGACCUAUGGAGAGGAUGGUGUAUGGUUUAAGGCUCAUCUGAGACUUCGACCUUGCGACCAGUGGCUCUGCUCUGAGGAUCAUUGUACUUAUCAUAGCGUACACACAUAGAAAUAAAACUGCUUUUUGAACAGACAGUGGAUUAGCUCAGACUUUCCUCUUGUGGUGUUGUUUUUCACUUUUUUGUCACUUCCGUGUCUAAGGGGGUGCACAUACGCCCCGUCCUAAGGUAUCAUGGGAGAUGUAAAGGAGUAAUAGACCCAAUCUUUUUUUCACUCUCUAACCAUUCACAAGCAGUGUAGGAGCACAUUCCACCCUUGACCUCUGACCCCAGGACAGUCUUAUACACACAAAGUUUCUGAAUGUCAUAUCUUUGGAAGAAUGUCUUAAAAACGUUCAUUUGCACUGUUCACAUUUAAAAGACUAUUUAGUUAGCCCUUAAGAAAUUUGUGUUUAUAUACAGUAUAAAAAUUGUAAUACACAAGAAUGUUUUUUUUUAAGCGCGUGGGGGGACAUUUUUACAUCUCAUUCUUAUAUUAGUAUCUAAAAAAAAGAUAUUUUUCGUAAUCAUGUUCAUGAACACACUACAGGAGUUUUUGCUAAGUGGAAAUGCACGAGUCGAUUUUCUUGUGCCGUAUGAUCGAGAUGCGUUGGGUUUUGCAGUGCAAAGUGAAUUUAGUUUAGGAUUUGCGACUAAACAUGCCACGAGAUGUGUAUUUUUGCACUGCAACAGUCAAAUAAGAUCAAUUAUUAAUUUCACAGGUGUUUGUUUUGUUUUGAUGUCACUUAGUAUGAACGUGAGAUCUGUAAAUGAUGCAUUUUCAUAAUGUUGAUCUUCGAUUACCAGCAUUUCUGCACAAAAAUUGUUGA